CGCGUAGUAUUACGGUACAGUGGCGAGGAAACCCGGAAGAGCUCAAACAGCGCUGAAUUUGUGAAAGAAAUGUCAUUUCGUAUCGUUUCUAAAGAAGUGCUGGUGGGCUCCAUCACGCUUGGUGUUGUUUUUGUUGCCGGCUAUUUUAUCGGAAGAAAGAAAUCUUCCAGAAUGAGCAUCUCCAAAAGUCACUGCGGGGGGAAAGACAAUCCACUGUUACAGUAUGUUGUCAAUUACUCCGUGAGGGAGCAUCCGGUGCUGAAAAAACUCAAACUGAGAACAAUGGAAGACUCCUGGAACGUGAUGAUGGUUGCCUCUGAAGAGUCACAGUUGUUGGCCAAUUUGGCCAAACUAAUAAAAGCAAAGAAAGCGAUAGAGAUUGGAGUUUAUACAGGUUACAACACACUGAACAUGGCACUGGCCUUGCCUGAAGAUGGAGUUGUGAUAGCAUGCGAUAUCAGUGAAGAGUACACCAACAUUGGUAAACCCUUCUGGAAAGAGGCUGGAGUCGAGAAAAAAAUUGAUCUGCGCAUUCAGCCAGCACUGAAAACUUUAGAUGAUCUCCUGUCUUCUGGCCAAGCAGAAACAUUUGACUUCAUCUUCAUCGAUGCUGACAAAGUUAACUAUGACAACUACUACGAGAAGUCUCUGCAGCUGUUGAGAAAAGGAGGCGUCAUUGCUAUCGACAAUGUGCUGUGGGGUGGGAAGGUGCUGAAUCCAUCCCCAGAUGACGCAGACACUGUGGCCAUUGACAAGCUGAACAGGAAGCUGUACAGAGAUGCCCGAAUUAAUCUGAGCAUGUUGACAGUAGGAGAUGGAGUCACCCUGGCCAUCAAAUUAUAGUGCACAUCUGAGAGGUGCAACAAUUUAUACACUUUAUAGGAAAACACUGGGUAACUGCUAGUGCGCAGUACUUAAGUUGUACAACAGGAUUUGAUUAAAAAAAAAUUAAAAAAA